AGUUUAUGUGAACAUCUAUUUCACCUGCCUGGAUUGAUGCUGCCUGCAAUGAUGGAAGGGCCAAAAAAUAAAAUACCUAGAAAGUCAUGCGACUUUUGCUACAUGCGCAAGAUCAAAUGCGACACACAAAAGCCUCGAUGCUCACACUGCAUCACUUAUGCAAGAGACUGUACUUAUGCGGCCCCAAGCCGUAAAUCCCGGCCGAAGCGCAGAAAAGUCGUGAAGCCGAACGAGGAAAAUCCUACCGACUUGCACGCUCGUGUUCGACACCUAGAAUCCCAGAUUCAACAGUUCUCCGAGCGUUCAAAAAGCGAUGAGAGGAACCCCGAUGCUCAGCGUGAGCUGCAGGAGCCGACGCCGACCCCGUCGCCCGUCGUAACUAUGCCGAUGCCAAUGAUGACAAACGAGGAAGGAAGUACGGAUUGCACCAGGUCUUCACGGGCGCUGGAUCUCCCACCUCUACAGCAGAUUCUGCCUGUGGUCCACUUAUUCCUGGAAAACUUCAAUACUGUACUGCCGCUAUUCCACGCCGAAUCUCUCCUCCGUCUCCUCCAUACUACGUACAACCUCGACGCACGAUCUCGGGACCCGGUUUCCUGGGCCGCUAUAAACAUAGUGGUAGCCCUCGCGCACCGGCACUGGCUCACUGACCGCGGCAAUAUCAAUUGUGCAAUGGAAUAUCUUGUCAGAGCGCAGUCCGUAUUGUCGGAAAUCGUGUUGGAUGAAACUAAGUUGCUAAAUAUCCAGGUCUUGGUGGGCAUGGUGAUGCUUUUGCAAGGAGCAAAGGAUCUGAAGCCCGCACUGAUAUUGAUCUCCACAACGAUGCGUCUUGCCCAUAAGAUUGGCCUUCACAAUCGCACCUCUGCCGCACACUUGGACGCCACAGUGGCAGGACAAUGCGCACGCGUUUUCUGGCUAGCAUACAUCCUGGAUAAGAAUAUCAGCCUGCGCGCGAAACAACCGUCCAUUCAACGUGACGACGACAUCGACCUUGACCUGCCUUGCCCGGUUCAAACGCAAAAAGACCAAUUCAACAGUGAUCAGACCGAUGGAGACGAUGGCCUCGGUACCGGGAUGAUCUCCACCAUUGAUGGUGCCUUCAAGAUGGAUUACUUUGUCACUCGCAUCCACUUGGCGGUCAUUGAGGGUGGCGUCUACGAUUACUUAUACUCGACAGCUUCACAGAAACGCAGUCUUGAGGAACGGUCGCACGCUUUGAACAGUGUGUCAAAAGCUCUUGAACAGUGGAAAACCUCCAUUCCAUUGCAAUUCCGCGGAGUCGACGCACUGCAGAGGCUAUCUCCUAGUGCAUUGAGGUUCCUCGGCACUUUGGACGCCACCAGUCUGAUGUGCACGACUAUGAUCAAUCAAGCACACGCUUGGAACGCCGAGUGGAUAACGAGUCUGCAGAAAUACGACAAAGAAGGAACAGUGCCCCUCCUUCCACCUCGAUGGAGCUCAUUGGUCGACGAGAGUCGUCGUUUACUAGUCUUAUUCGAACAGUUGGGAUCCAUGGAUCGCUGGAACUUUUGGAUCACAGGGUGUUCAUACAUGACAGCCAUGAUGGUACUAACGGCGAACAGCAUGCACGAUCCUCAGCAUGACAUGGCGUCUUUGGACAGUCAACUCGUCGACAUUGCUCUAGGGAUGCUUGCCAGCAUUGUCGACGAGACCAAUUAUACGAAUCUACGUUCAUUCCAUAAUACGUGCGCCGAGUUACAUCGAAAUACUCAGCAAAAGCGCCAUUACAUUAUGAUGGCAGCUAACGAUCGUAACUCUGAGCCAAACUUUCUAGAUCCCGCAUGGCACUAUAAUGGGCUUGGGUUUGAGAUAUAGCAGUUAUGUAUGUUUAAUGUCGGAAGCAAACGUGGGCAGUUCCUGUGUUGAAACCUCUAGCCUAUAGCUAUUAAGGAG